AUGACUAUUAGAGUGUUGGAAUUAUUUAUGACUAAGGAUGAAGAACCAGUAACAAAAAUGAGAGAUCAAGGAUUUAAGUUGUUGACAGGUCGAUGGUUAGUCGAUGGUAGUCCACAAGUUAUAUUGUUUGACAUUGGUUCAGCUGCUUGGAAAUUAGACCAAUACAAGCAAACUUUAUGGGAUACGUGUAACAUAGGAAUUCCACAUUUAGACAUAGAAGCUAAUGAUGCUGUAAUUUUGGGAUAUUUAAUAUCAGAAUUCCUUUCAGAAUUCCGGAUGGCAGCAGCAACAUACAUUGAUUCAACGCCAUUGGUUGUUGCUCAUUUCCAUGAAUGGCAAGCUGGMAUAGGGUUGAUAGCAUUACGCACAAAAAAAGAACCUAUUGCUACAGUAUUUACAACUCAUGCCACGUUAUUAGGGCGAUAUCUCUGUGCUGGAAAUACUGACUUUUACAAUAAUUUAGAUAAAUUCAAUCUCGAUGAAGAAGCUGGUAAAAGACAAAUUUAUCAUCGUUAUUGCAUGGAACGAGCUGCAGCACAUGUUGCACACGUUUUUACCACAGUAUCUGAUAUUACCGGAAAAGAAUCCGAGUAUUUACUCUCCCGUAAGCCUGAUAUUAUAACUCCCAAUGGAUUAAACGUUGUCAAGUUUUCAGCAUUGCACGAAUUUCAAAACCUUCAUUCGCUGUCCAAAGAGAAGAUUCACGAUUUUGUCCGCGGCCAUUUCCAUGGCCUCRCAUUUUUAGGUUUCGGUUGUUUUAUGGCCCAGCAUAUCGCUGAUCCUUUAAGUUACGGAAUUUAUAUCGUGGAUCGACAAAACAUCAGCAUCGAAGAAUCUGUCAGACAGCUCGCGCAGUAUAUGUACGAUUUUGCAAGAAUGAGCCGUAGACAACGGGUGAUCCAGCGAAACCGUACAGAACGAUUAAGUGAUUUACUCGAUUGGCGUAAUUUGGGUAUUUAUUAUCGCCAAGCCAGGUUGAAGGCAUUAUGUCAAGUGUUCCCGGAUAUGUUUGAUAAAGAAACAGAAACGUUAUGCAUCACAGAAGCAUCAUCGAGACGUCGAUACAAUUAUCCUCGUCCUUAUUCUGAACCACCGUCACCAUCGAGUAGUCGACCGACCACACCUGGCGCCUCAGACGACGAAGAUAUUGAUGACGAGCGUGAGCUUGCAGAGCUUUCAGAAUAUAACAGUCAUUAACUAAACCUACAUAGUUUGUUGCUGUAAUAAAUAAUAAAUAUUAUAUUUAUCACAUAAUAUAGUACUUCUGAAAAAUGUAUUUUAAAUUUUCUA